CUGUUCCAGGUGCCAGACGGUUCGAUGGCAAUCUGAAGGAGAAGGAGGAGGAGUUGUGCUCAAUUACACGUUGGAAUGAGUGCAGACUGCCACUGUACACAACAAAACGGCCACCCACUUCCCCACCCUCUCCCCUCCAUCCUCCAACCGCUGCAUCGGUAGGGGACUGAAACGAGAGGUAUAUAAGGACCCUGCCACCUAAAGCUCUCACAAACCAAGAUCUCUCCAGCUUUACUCUGCACCAGGAGCUACAAGGACUUCAACGUUUUUGCUUCACUUCUCAGACCGCACUUUAACUUCAACUAUUUUGUCAGUAUGCAGCUUUUGUCCAGCCUAGUGUCUCUUUUGCUGGUGCUGUAUAGUGUCAGAGCAGCAUCUGUGCUUCCAGUGGAGGAGAGGAACCCGGCACAAAGUAGGGAAUUGAGCAAAGAGCGCAAGGAGCUGAUCCUGAAGCUGAUUUCCGGGCUGUUGGACGGAGUAGACAACAGUGUGCUGGAUGGGGAGAUAGCGCCUGUCCCCUUUGAUGUGGAGGAGCCCCUGGAGUCCCGUCUGGAAGAACGGGCCGUCUACAACCGGUUAUCACAGCUGCCACAGCGCGACCGCAAAGCCCCAUGCAAAAACUUCUUCUGGAAGACCUUCACUUCGUGUUAAUGGCGUCAGUCCUGCAACGAUGACGCGAUCCUCCCUGGUACCUGACAUGAACUGUGUAGACCUCCGCUGUACAUACCAUCUCCAAUGUCUGAAGAAAGGUCUCUGUGGACUUACUCUGACACAGUCUGUUUGUUAAAGACAUUGAUGAUGAUAUUUAUUUAUUUAUCGAUUAAGCUAUUUAUGGACCUUUGUUGUUUUUCAGCAUUAAAAAAAGUAUAAAGCAUGGUUAAGAUAGUGGCUUUUUUGAUAAAAGAUGUCCCAUUUACUGUGGUCAAGCUUCAAAUUAUGUUAAACUGACUGAUGAAUAAAUAUAUAAUUGAUCACA